UGUGACGAAGUGAGAAAAUAUAAACAUUUGCUAUGUGAAUUGGCUUCCUGCAGGCUGCGUGAAGCAUUCAUUUGCUAGUAAAAAGCGCAAUCGUCCGGGAACGCGUAAACUCCCGGGUGGGGGUUUCGAAGCAACAGUCGCGCAAUUCGGGGUGUGCGUACACGAACGCAGGCACCACAGUUUUUUCGUCUUUGUCGUGAUCGACCGAAGACAAUUUUUCGAGGCUAUUUUCCGUUGUUGAUUUCGCGUGAAAAGUCACGCACGAUUGAAAAGCGCUUUGGAUUACUGUUUCCAACCGUCCACGAAGGUACCCGAGGUGUGUGAAAAAGUGAUAUAGCCACGGUGGUGAAGGAAUUUGCCUGAGUGAAUUGUAUGAACAAAAAGUCUCGGCGACGACCAACCAUCGCGGGAGGAUCUUCGGGAGGAACACACAUACACACACAAAUCCAUCGUAUCGUAUGAUAGAAUCCUCGCCCAAAUCUUGAUGCAAAGUGGAAAAUCACUGCAGCAACGAUGGAUGAAACAUAUCUGAAGAAUCUCGAAACGGCGGCCCAUAUUAUUAUGGCCCCGCCGAAUUCCAUCACAAACCAGCAGCGCCAGGAAUCGGAGCAAAUUUUUACCAGCUUCAGAAAAACGAAAACCCCGUACGCGCUGUGUCAGACGAUCCUGGAAAAGUCGUCCGUUGAUUUAGUACUAUUUGAAGCGGCCGAUGUGCUGAAGAAAACGGUCGUGGGAGAGUGGAAAUUUAUUGCCGAACAGGACCGGGCUUCAUUGCGUCAGUAUCUGCUAAACUACGUCAUCCAGCGGGAUGUGCCGGUGUUCAUACGCGACAAGCUGCUGCAGGUGGUGGCCAUCAUGAUCAAGCGCGCCAGCCUGGAAGAUCACGGUGCGGAACGAGGUCAGAUUUUGGAAGAAACAAAGAAGAUGCUGACAUCGGGUGAGCUGAAGCAACAGAUUCUUAGCUGCAGCAUUAUGUUGGCCAUUUUGGAAGAAUACUGCAACAUCGUUCGGUCGGAUGAUACCGGGCUGAAUACGCUAGAGCACUUCAAAGCGAAGAAGCAGUUCGAAGAUUCGGAUCUGCUGAAAACGUUCUGCAUGACACUGCAGGCCAUGGUAGCCAUCGUGAAUAGCUUCGAUACGUCCAACAGCAUGCAGAUGUACCUUUUCAAGCAGUUGCUCACUGUGAUGGAAACUGUACUGACCUGGGGCUUUCUGCUGCCCAACCUGAGGAAUGUGCGUGUGCGUCACUCGCUGUCCAAGAGCAUUAUUGACACGUCGGAAACGGUAACGAAGGCGCUGCACGCUCCGCCACUUCGUCUGCAGGCCCAAUGGAAGAGCGUCAUCUUUGAUCCGAAAGUGUUGGAAGUGUUCUUUCACACUUACUGGAAGCUGCGCGAAAUAGACGAUUUGCAACCGAAAGCGCUCACGUGUAUCUUGCAGCUUUCCACCCUGCGAGGGCCUAUCAUAACGGAAAACAUCGACGAAAGUAUGUCCUAUCUGGCGAACUACUUGACGCACUUUCUAUCGUUAAUGACCAACAUCGAAAUUAAAGACAAGGAAGCGUACAGUUUUUCGCUGAUUCUUCGCAAACUGUUCCAGUUUUUGCCCACGGACAUGCUGAAGAUGUUGCCCAAUUCCCUUUUGGAUGCGUCCAUGCAGCAAUGCUUCACGCUGACGAUGAAAUUUUUUGAACAGUCUGCAGCGGAAGAAUCGGUAGCACCGGAUGAAGCCCUCUACGUUGAUGCGCUGAGCAAUAUGCUCGGCAUAUGGUUGUCGUUUUUCGACGACAAACGAAACCACCCGUUCGACCCGAUACUUCCCUACAUAAUGCAAAUGUUCGAGAAGUACGUCCAGUGCCAUCUGGCUCCACCGCAGGGCAUACGCGGGGCAACGGGCCGGGACGGAGAAGGAGGUGAGAAUGAAAUUACCGAACUGGAGGAAUCGGAUCGAGAGCGGUUUAAGGAGCAGCUGACCGUUAUGGGUUUCUUCGGACGACAAAUUCUGCAACAUUCCCUCGGUUUGUUGGCGAAACUGUUGGAAGAUCGCACGCGAAAGCUCGGCACCCAUCUGCAUAUGCUGCACGCCUCGCAAUCGCUUUCCAUUUCCGAUGGGGUAAAUUUAGAGAACCUGUUCGAAGAUCUGCACUGGCUGCUGUUGAUCAGCGGGCACGUGAUUGCGAUGGAAUCGGUCGGUGAAACGCCCACGAUCCCGGAGCCCAUUUUAACAUUCAGCAAGCAACAGGUUGAGUCGGGUGCAACGGAUGUGACGAACAGCUUGAAGCUGUUAGCUUCGCCGAACCAGGAUAUUCAGGAAAUACCGAAUGCCGAAUCGAACGUGGACCCCGUCAUUCGGCUGAUGGCGGCCGGAUUUCGGUUGUGCGAGCUGGAAAAGACCGCCAUCGAGGUGCGCAUGUAUCAGUUCCUAAGUCCCGAGCUGAGUGCCACUACGAUGUGGUUUUUACGGCACUGGUGCAGUACCUACGUAAUGUCCGCCUACGAACCGUCCGCAAAUCAUAUCUUCUCGAACGCGUUCGGCGUCGGUACGGCCGGUGCACUUUGGGUGAUUAACUAUCUGCUGAAUAAGAUCUGCCUCAACGCGCAAAACCUUCGAGCGGAACCGGCCGUAAUGGAGGAAACGAUCGAGCUGCUGCUUGCGUUGCAACGGAACCGCUACCGUGCACAAACCAUAUUCAACUCGGAAUACUUUCGAUCGAUAUGCGACUUGAAGGGCUUCGAGCUUCCGAUGGCGGUUAAGCGCAAGCUGCUUCGGGGCUUCGUUACGAUCGGGGGCAGUAUAGAGGGGGAGGAAAUACGCAGCGAGUACAUUAUGCGCAUUGUGCAGGGGACGAAGGAGAAGUUUAACUUGUUGCAGACUACGCUGCAGCAGCACGCACAUCUACAUCAGAGCGAACAGUUUAAGCAGAAGGUGAUCGAGGUUCUGGAGGAAACGAUCGGUUGCGUGGAGGGUGCGUUUGACAAUCUGAUCCUGAUACUGUUCAACGAAAUUGAGCCUAUCUGUAAGCAGCUCAGCACGUUCAUGUCUGUGUACAGGAAUGAAACGGUUAUUUUGGAGCUUGUACUGGAGCUGUUGAACGAACUGGAACGAUCGGCGGAAGUGAAGGAAGUACGGGCUGCGCUGCAUCAGUACAGUAUGGACGUGAUCGGUGUGUACGUUAAGAACAACAGCAAUCGUAUUUCGCUCGAUCCCACCAACAACGAGCGGGAUCCGCAGGAUUUGAUUCUUAUUUUGAAGCUUAUUCACGGGAUCAGUGCGAGCCGUGUGGCAAAUGAUGAGGAAACGCAGCAACAAUCGUCGGACGUUUGUAUCUUCGGACUAACGAACAUCGUACCGCUGAUUACGACCGAUUUGAUCCGAUACCCGGAGUUAUGCUAUCAGUACUACAUCACUAUUACGUCUUUUGUCGAUUCGAAGCCUCAUGUGGUACCAGCGUUACAUCCCGACUUCCUAAAGCAACUUGUCGCCUCAGUCGAGCUUGGGCUAACCUCGUUCACGUCCGAGGUGGAGCUGAAGUGUGUCGAGUUUAUCGAGGCAUUUGCCCAGGUCGUCCGGCUGCAUAAUAAUAAUGAAUCGCUCGUCUCGCAGCUACUGCAAUCCUUCCUAAAGCUGAUGAUGGACAUGACGAUCGGUCAGAAGAUCGACUGGAAUAACACGAGUGACUGGUACAAAGCAAUGUACACCGUGAUCUGUUGCUUUCCGCAAACGUUUAAGGAUAUGAUACAAAGCUUCCUGCAGGAGCACGUGGACAGCAGCACCGAUAAGGCGAAGGAGAUGAUCGGCGAGAGCUUGGUGCGCUUGAAUCAGAUAGAGUUUAUAAACCUGCGCUUGAUGAAGGUAAGGUUUGUCGACUGGUAUGAUCGUUUCGUUUCGCUGGUAAGUCUUAUGUAUAAGAAGUAGGUAAGCAUCUGUUACAUUCUAUGAGACAGAUUGUGAACAUAUUGUUCGAUAGAGAAUGUAUAAUGCACCUACAUGUGGCUAAUAAAAUGCCACGCUAAUAGAAGAGGGAAGUGUAACACCAAUCUUACCGUGUGCGGGGAAUGGAAGAUCAAAGUUAAACGCCCUGAUAAAUUGUUCUGUUUGCGUUGAGGAUUUGAAUGAUAAGGCAAACCAUAUUUUACUUCGUCGUUCGUCGCUUGAUUUGAUGAGUUUUAUUUAUCUCACAGACUGUACAGUUCCUUUCGUCUUUGUAUGUGAACUUUAGAACGAUUGCGCAUCUCUGGCUCGGGGUAGGGAUAAGACCGUGAGUAAGAAACGAAAUUUUAGCGAUGGUGUUUAACGAGCAACUAGUCCGUGAUGGUGUGCGCUGAAAUGACAAAAGAUUCGUUGGAAUCCAUACGAAGAUAUAUACAAAUUACUAGAUAGUGGAACAAUACUUAACAAAAGGAUAGCUAGGGGCUUUCUACAAUUGUACGGCGCCGGGUCUUGCUUACAAAAUGCGGGACAAAAAGAGAUCGAUGCAUGCGAUCAAACGUGAUCAGAGAAGGGCAUUGUUAUUUGGCAAAACAAAAAAUCUACACAACACGGUGAUACGGUAGUUUUAAAGUGAAAAUCGCACUUGUGCACUACAUUUCAUUUUAAGUUAGAUAGAGCGUAGAAUGUAUUUCGAAAUCUGCACGUUUUUUCUGCAAAUACGACGCACACAACAGUAUCACCCUAUGUGAAGGGGUUUCGCGAGAAGAGCUAAACAACAAACCUUAGACAGUUAUUUACGAUUGCGAACAGAUAGAUUAGAUGCGUUAGAGCGGCACUCUUUUUCUGAUGCUCGUGUUUUUUCUUCCCGUACCUAUAACUAUUUAUCGUGUUUGAGAAAAGAAAAAAAAAAUGCAAUAUACUGUUAGAGCGUUCCGGUUAACUGAAAAAAAGGGGUACGCGAUGGUGUCGAUACGCGAAAAUUUGUUUGCCUCCUCUCCCUCAAUCUGUGUGGCGCUGUAGAUAAGUAUAUGCAACAAGAUGCACUCGUUUUCAUAAAGAGAGGGGAAAAACACUGAAGUGUAACACUCUUGCAAAGAAUUACUGAGUGCAACGUGUUUGAUGGGUAUCGAGAGCGUGUUCAGUUACGUCGUUAUGCGUCCUUUUUUUUACACAUAUGUUCCCCAGACAGAGCCGCGUAAGAACACUAAAAGGAUAAGGAGAGCAUAAGGCGAAAAACUUAGUUAGCGCGAGAUUUGGUAAUUCAAUGAAUGUGCCGAGCUUUGUCUCUGUGUGAUAUUCGAUUAUGAUAGAACCGAGCAGAGAAGGAUACCACGGAUGAUCUACACAGAUAUACACACAGCCAUACUUAUUUGUGCGACCCAGCAUCGGUAACGAACUGGUAGAUGAUCAUUUCCUUUCCCGAGUUGUAGCUAUAGCUAGAUUUGAUAAUGAUAAUGAAGUAUUUUGGAUGGUUUAGCGCCUCUAUGCUGCGAGUGAUAAACGAUUCUAGUAAAGCCCGACGAAAUGCUUUGAACGCACGAACGAAAUGUGGUGAGUUCUGUGGAGAUGGUAUCAGGGAACAAGUGUUUGUUUUGUGUUUUGUUUUUUGGCUGCCAAUGCGCGUUAUUAUGUGUUGUUUUAAGAAGUGGAAGAGAUUUAAAAAAGGGAAGAAUGGUUCGUUUAUGUAUUGUGUGCGUUUUAAAGGCACGGCGUGGAUUAUGUUGAUCGUUAGGACUUUUGUUAUUUUGCUGGAUCUCGGAAUCAGCAUGUAACGAUGGGAAGUACCCAAUAUGAAUGACUAUGUAAAGAUAAAUCAAAUCUGUGCUACACAAAUUACUGUACGAAGCUGUUGUAUGCAGGGUAAUUAAAAGCAAACAAAAAAAUAUACCCACACACACACACACAAAUGCAAACGAAAACAUCAAAAACUAAUCAACUCUUUCAAAUGCAUUUGUCGAAUAAACCAGCUAAUACUACUGAAUGUACUACACAGCUAGUAAAAAAUAAAAAAAAGCUCGCACACGCAAAAGGGUAAAGAAAAACAACCCAAGAACGGGUUGAGUACAAAUUACAAUACACUUAACACACGCUACUACGGAGCAGAGUACUAAAACAGCGCACCACGCUUGUGUAUAAGGUAACAAUCUGAGCAUUCAUGGAUCAUGGAUCAUUCAUGAACCAUGAUCACGAUCAUGAUUACUUCUCAAAACAAUAUGUAUGCAAAACAAAAGGGGGUCGGUUUCGUUCCGUCUAUGAACGGGAACGUGGACUGGCGGUAGUAUCAGCUACGAUUUUGGGAAAUUUUUAAACUUCGAUACGCUCAGCUUCUGCAGGCAAGAGCAAAAAACUGAGGAUUGUGAGAAUAAAGUUUACCGAUUGGGCUAUACAGAUCAAUA